UGUUAUCGUACCUAGAAUCCUUCUGAAUACUUCGUCUCGAUCCCGAUCCCUCCACGAGGCUGCGGGCGAGGAUUCCGCCGAGGGCUGAAGAGUGUAAAAUGCAGGUGAGAUGCUGUGUGCAAGUCGCGACAAGAUGACCGCUGCGCUUGCUUCAGACAACCUCGAUUGCACCAAACCACCUCGCGAACCCCACCGAUGUGUGCUUCAGCUGUUUCGAGCCGUCGCUACUCCUCCACGAUGGUAUUGAUCCGGCGGGCGCCCUCGAUUGUCGAGUCCCAGGUAAACGGAUCUGGGGCGGCAGCGAGGGAUUCUCGGCGAGGGAUUCUUGGGAGAGGGGUGCGGGACGCUGCAGAUGCUGGCAGCCGCGCGCGAGGGAAGGCUCGACGGGGGACGGGCGGGCAGGCAGGCCCGGAUCUGAGAUGCGCGAGGGAAUGGAUUCGGAGACCUGGGUCACACGAGAGUCAGCAUUGAGUAUGCGAGGGCCCGGUCAGCCAGAGGAAGAGGCACCAAGUCCCGGCGGGGUUUGUGA